UUGCGGUUCCGAAGACCAUUUUUGAUCUUCGCAAGCGAGGCAAGGCAGCGAUGGCGGCGAUGGAGUUGGAGGUGGAGAUGGAGGAGAAGUUGGCGACGGUUGGAGGCGAUAGGGGAGAGGCCACUCCGCCGUCGAAUGCUUCCUCCCCCGUACCUGGAGACGACAAUCGAAGUUGCGGAGUGAACCUGCCCGAGAAACUGAGGUCAGAGGAGGAUGGUGAUGAGAAGGAAGAGAACAGUCCUUCUACUGGGGGAUUGCGAAAGCGAGGAGCAGAUUUUCAUUCUCAUUGGAAGACAAGCCUAUGUUCCUUCUUCCGCCGGCCGCCUGGAGGGGUCUGCCGGCACGGCGACGCCUGCCGCUAUGCCCACGGUGAGGCUGAGCUCCGUCCGCGCCCGGAUAAUUCCUGGGAUCCGACCUCCGAGAGGGCCAAGAAGCUCCUCAAGACCAACGACGGCGACGCUAUCUCGAGCUUGACCGAGGAAGACGAAGAUGCUGCCGUUGAUUUGUCCGGCCUUGACAAGUGCCUUAUAGGUCUCCCUAAGAAGUGGGCUUCCGAAAACCUUAAGAGCUUCCUUGAUAGUCAGGGAAUUUCGUAUAAAACAGCAAAAAAGAAGAAAGGAAUGACCGUAGGUUUUGUGAGUUUUGCUGACGCUGAUCAGAUUUUAAGUGCUAUUGAGGUUUUGAAGGUAAAUCCUUUUAAUUGCAAGCAAGUAAAAGUUGCUGAUGCAGUUUGUAGAUCUCAGAAAAAGAAACAAACAAUGGAAAUCACUAAGUGCGGCUCAAGUACUGAGGAUGGCUCUCUUCUUGCCUCAGGGGACGAUGCAAAUGUGCAAGGCAUUCUUGCAAGGACAAAAGCUGUUUGUGAUGUAGUUACCCCUCUUGCUCAAAUGCCCUACAACGAUCAACUAGAGCACAAGAGAAAUUCAUUGCUUCAAACACUUAAACGACUUACUCGUAAUGCACGCAAGGCUUGCCCAGAUGCUGUUCCUCUUCCAGAAUGGGUUUUGAACUCUAGAGAAAUUGGAGGCCUUCCAUGCAAACUUGAAGGAAUACUAGAAUCUCCACUUGUUAAUGGUUAUCGGAAUAAGUGCGAGUUUUCAGUUGGAUAUUCUGUAGAGGGUAAACUGACUGUGGGGUUUAUGCUUGGGAAUUUCAGAGAGGGGGUGGUAGCAGUAGAAGAACCGGGCAGCUGUCCAAAUGUCUCCAGAAUAUCUUGCAAAUAUGCUAUGCUUUUUCAAGAUUUCCUACAGUCCUCUGUACUGCCUGUCUGGAGUAGAAUCGACAAUAUUGGGUUUUGGCGGCAAUUCACGGUUAGAGAGGGAAGAUGUCAUAGUCAAGUGGCUCUUGGUGGAACUGCACCCAAUGAAAUUGCCGAGGUCAUGCUUUUAGUACAGGUUUGUUCAUUGGGUCAUGAAGAAGAACAACUCAGAAGUGAAUUUAAUAGAAUGACAGAUGCUUUAGUGCAUGGAGCAGCUGCUUGUUCACCUCCUCUUCCUCUCACGGCAAUAGUAGUGCAGGACCACACGGGAAUAUCAAAUGCUGCCCCUGCUAAUUGCCCAUUAGUAACAUUGCAAUUGCCCAAGGUGGAUGGUGUCAAUUUUUCAGGAACAACUGCUACCACUGAAGCAAGAAUUCAUGACUAUAUCAGCAAUCUUCGAUUUUCCAUAUCGCCAACAGCUUUUUUCCAAGUUAACACUCUUGCUGCAGAAAAACUGUAUUCCCUUGCGGGUGAUUGGGCUGAUUUAAGUCCUGAUACAAUACUGUUUGAUAUUUGUUGUGGAACUGGAACUAUUGGUCUCAAUUUGGCUCAUCGUGUUGGAAUGGUUGUGGGAAUUGAAAUGAAUGAGUCUGCUGUCUCAGAUGCAAACAGAAAUGCUGAGAUUAAUGGUAUAAAGAACUGCAGAUUUAUCUGUGGAAAGGCAGAGGAUGUGAUGGGAUCUAUACUAAAGGAGUACCUUGAUGCACCAAAGCAGCAUGAUGUGGUUUCUCCUAAUCCAGGGAGCAAUGGUGCAGUUAUUGUUGGAAAUGAAAAAAAUAAAAUAAUCUGCGAAGAAGACCUCCAAGAUGAUACAGUUGCGUCCGCCAAUGUUUAUGCAGCUAAUCUGAGUGAGGCGGUCAAUGUUUCCGCCUCCGUGCUAGCCGCAGACGAUCCGAGCACGGAGUCGAUGCUUCCGUGUUUUGAGGAUAGUUCCAUGGACAAGCUUGCAGGCUCUACCAAAAGAAAAAAUGUCGAUGGGAGUUCAGAGCAGCCGCCGCAGACUGAAACUGGUGAUUCUUCAACAGUCAUCACAGCAGAUAUUUGCACAACCCAACAGGAUGAAGGCAGCAGAGACGCUUCUUAUGUUGGAAGAUGUAGUAGUAACAUAAGUAACGAUGGUGUCAAGUGUACACAGAAUCUGGAAAACUUAUUACCUGGAGAGAGUACGGUAACCAAGGUAACUGAUGCAGCUGUGCAUCAGUUCAAGAGAGUUGUUGCCAUUGUCGAUCCUCCACGGGUUGGACUUCAUCCUACUGUGAUUAAGGUUCUGAGGACUAAUCCACGAAUACGCCGACUUGUCUACAUCUCCUGCAACCCAGAAACUCUGGUUGCCAAUGCAAUUGAGCUAUGUACACCAACUACUGAUAAACUGGGAAAAGGCAAAGGAAACAGAGGAUGGAGGAAUAUGAGCAAUGCUGGUUUGGCGAGGUAUAGGGUGAAAUCUAUGCCGACCUCCGAGGCCUUCCGGCCUGUAAGGGCCAUGGGUGUGGAUCUGUUUCCACACACACCUCACUGUGAGAUGGUGAUGCUACUGGAGAGGUAGGCAUUGUUUGGGACGGCUUUCUUGCUGCUUCUUAAAGUAUCUUUCUAGUACAAAAAAUAAAAAUUUUUAUACUAAAAAUUGCUUCGGAAAGCAAUAAGAAAGCAAUCCCAAACGAAACCGUAGUGCGCCUACUGCGAUGGUUAUGAACAUACCAACGCUGCAAGAUGGUGAUCUUGAGAUGAAGUCCUUAGCUAUGGAUAGGAGGUUCACAAAUCAAGUAAUGAGCAUCAGUUUUAUGAGGUAUUCUGCUCCUCUUUUUGUUCUUUAUUUGCAUGGGAUUGUAAGAUUUUUGUCUGCAGAUGAGUAGGUUACAUCUUUGUUGAGUAAUUCUGUGAUAUUCUGAUAGAAAAUAAUGUGAAGAGGAACACUUCAGGAAUUCCUUUGCAGGAAUUUCAAUGGGCUAAGUUUACUUUGAA